CUUCUUAAAGGGUAUUUCUUUCGUCCACACAGAUGCGCUAUGGUUGUGUUUGGAGCAGACAAUUUUGUGGGUCCUCUCAGUUCUCUCUUCUCCAAUAAAAACCCUUUUCUUCCUCCUCUUAAAUGGCUCAGAAAAUGGAAGACAAGACAGAGUAAAGCAAUACAAAUGAAGAAGAAAGCAACUAGACAUGAAAUAGAGACCAAUUCUGGAUAGAGAUGGUAACAGGCCAGGUAAGGGAUAGAUACCCUAAUCUUUGUCUCCGUCUCCAUCUCCACUAAUAAAAACUUUUCCUUUCCUGUUCCUUAUCCUCGCAAAUAAAACCUUCUUCUGUGCUUGUCUCAUUUCUAUCACGGAGGAUUCUAUCCCUGUGUCAUGGAAAAAAUUUAUCUCCCAUUCAUUUGCAUCGGAAAAAUUUCUCUUCCCUUCUUUUUUUUAUCUCUAAAUAGUUAUUAAGUAUUAAAGCAUAUUUAUAAUAAUUUAAAACUUUUAAGGAUAAUUCAAUAUAUAAAAAUUUAAGAGAUAUGUAAAGAGAAAGUGAUUGGGGAUAUAUUUAUACCCAUCACCAUCUUCAUCUCUGCUCCUAUUAGAGAACCGGCCAGAGACCCGGUUUGAAGGCUUAAAUUGCUAUUUCUAAUUCUAGAUGAUGUAAAAACCCUUUUAUCAAACACAUGUGAACAUGAACCCACCCUAACUCUUCCACGCUUGGACUCGGCUCGUGUUACGUGUGAACAAAGAUGAGAACUUUCUCUAUCAGUUGCGUAACACAGCUCCCAUUUAAAUCGCAAUAAUCAAAACAAAUCUGCUAUUCUAUGUAUAAAUAUUUCUUAAAAUUCAAUCUAGUCUUCAAAGGUAGCCGAUUUAUUGUUCACAAACCAAACUCCACGCCUACCUUUACCAAAGCCCGUAUUAAUUUAGAUGUUAAUCGUGUGAUUAAUCAAUGUUAAUUAUGAAUUAUGAAAUGAUUUUACAAGGACUUCCACUAUAUAUCUCACAUCUUAUCUCUCACUUUUCUUCAUUUCUCCAACCUCUUUCUAUUCUCAAUAUCAAAUUCUUUCUCCUUUUUAAGUUUUUUAUUGUUUCAAUCGCCGCCCUGGAGUUGAAAGAAGAAGAAUAAUAUUUCAUUUGAUUUGCUUUCAAAAAUAAACUACAGAGAGCAAUGCAGGAAAGCCCACUUCUUUCUUUAUCUCCAAGCUCUCCGAGCUUUAACAGUUACUCUUCAGCGAAUCUUGCAGAGAUUGCAGCGAGAGUUGUUGAAGAAUUCAAGAAAGAAUCCGACUUGGAUUCCAGUAUUUACGAAUGGGAAACUGAGAGUUUGUUUUCAGAAGAACGAGAACGAGAGGAGUGCGAGAAGAACCAGGAUUCCAACAAGAACCAAGAAGAUGAACAGGAAGAUGAAAAUGAUGAAGAAGAAGAAUUUGAGUUUGCUAUUGUUUGUAGAAGAUCUGACUCUGCUAUUUCGGCUGAUGAGAUCUUCUUCAACGGUCAUAUAAGGCCAAUCUACCCGGUUUUCGACACAUCUUUGCUGUUAAACGACACCAGCAUAAAUCAAAACGCUGAAAACAACAACUCUUCAUCAUCUACGCCAUCAUUGAAAACCUCCACUCGCUUGUCGCUUGGAAAGCUUAUGAGUGAAGAACGGGAGAUGACAACUUCUAGUUCAUCAUCUGAAGCUGACGAUCUCGAUAAUUUACAGCCGGGAACCUACUGUGUGUGGAAACCAAAGGCUAGAUCUCCUCAUCAAGACUCACCUGGAAGGUCAUGCAAGAAGAGCAAUUCAACUGGAUCUUCAAAGAGAUGGAAAUUCAGAGACUUUCUGUACAGAAGUUACAGUGAUGCAAAGAUACGUUAGUGUUUUUAGCACCAAACAAGAACACUACUGAUUCCAAAGUAGCGGCCGAAGAGAACAGUAAAGAAAACAAGGGGAAGGUCAAAGUUGUUGAAGAGCAUUAUGUGGAGAACAAACCGAGCCACCAAAGAGGAAGACAAAAGUAAGUCUCUUUUGCCUUAUGGGCAGGACAUGGUAGGAUUUUUGAAUAAUGUUAAUGGCUUCGGUAGGAAAUUUGAUACAUUCUGAGUUCAUGAAAAACUUCAAAGGAGGCCUAUUUCUCCUACUUCUUCUCCACUUCCUAUGUGAGUAUAUUACAAUGUGUAUUGCUGACUUUGUUAGAGAUUUUUCUUUUCUUUUUUUUUUUUUAAUUUAUAAAGAUAAAAUAUAUAUUAAUAUUAUUAGUGGAUUUAAACCAAAGUUAUGUUUCUAAUUUCAUGUAAAUAUGAGUGAUUUACAGGUGUUUGUUUCUAAUUUUGAGAGGAGAAGACUAUAUAGCAAUGGGGUUUCUGUAAA